UUCGGCUACAUUGUGAAAUAUUAGUUCAGGUUGUCGUUUGAAGAGUUUUAUAUUGUUCAUAGUGUUUCUGGGAGCUCUGUUGGGGGUUAAAACUUCACACUGGGCUGACGUUAACUCGCCAAGCUAACGUGGAGCUAGCAAACCGAGCCAUUUGGGAGUUAAAGCCAGUAAAGAUGUGUGUGGAGGGGCGAGUGAAGAGGUAGAACAUGUCUGAGCUGAGUGACGAAGCCAGUGAGUCAGAGCAACUGGGUGCCAGCCUCUCUCUGUGGCUGGGUGACUCUCUGGUGCGACCUGAGGAGCUGGAUGUCCCCCUGGACCUCCACACCGCCUGCUCCAUCGGACAGUACGACGUGGUGGCAGAGUGCAUCAAAAAACGUGAGGUGGACCUGGAUGGCAAGAACAUUGGAGGAUGGACCCCACUGAUGUAUGCAUCUUACAUCGGCCAUGAUAACAUUGCAAACCUCCUGCUGGAAGCCGGUGUGAAUGUAAAUGCUGCCACCGCCAAAGGAUUGACCCCGCUGAUGCUGGCAGCAAGCUGUGGGAAUGAAAGUAUUGCUUACUUUCUGCUUCAGCAAGGUGCUGAGUUGGAGCUGAAGGACUCUCGAGGUUGGACUGCUCUGUUCCACUGCACGAGCACAGGCCACCAGCAGAUGGUCAAGUUCCUGCUGGACAACAACGCUGAUGCCAAUAUCAAGGAACCAGGGUCUGGCUUCACUCCCCUGAUGGAGGCUGCUGCUUCUGGUCAUGAAAUCAUUGUUCAGAACCUGCUUGAUCAUAAAGUUAAAAUGGAUGAUCGCAACGCUAAAGGAGAGACUGCCCGUGCCCUCGCCAUGAUGUACGGCUACACCAAGAUCAUCAGCCUCAUUGACUCACGCUCUCCAAGGAUCAAACCAGGACAUUUUGAAGACCUGAGCUCCUCUGAAGACUCGGACAGCGCUCCCCCGAGGAUAAGGCCGAGUCGAAACCGAGCUAAAGGCAUUAGCAUCCAUGAUGGGCCCCAGGCCAUCGCCAAGUUCCGAGUAGGAGGCACCAGCAAACUGUGUGAGCCGCCUGCAGCUCCGCCAGGCUACAUGACGUUUCGUGAUAUUGGUGAACAGAGUGAGGGCAUCUGCUACCGUGAUGUGACCUCACCCAUCAAUGAGCUGGACGGCCAGAGCAACAGCAGCAGAGAUGACAGUCCAUUCUUUGACAAUGACAUGCCCACCAUGAGGAGCAGCAGCAGCAGCAGCGAAGGCCUUCCUCAUGUGAUUGGCCUCAACUGGGAAGGCUCCGUGGAGAGUAACGAGGACUCUGACCAGUGCAAAAAGAACGUCUCUCGCAGAGUCAACAAGGGCCAUCACUCAAAAGGCAAGGGUCGCCAUGGAAGCAACGAUGCAGCUCACUCCAGUGGUACAGUGAACUGUGGGAUGCGGGCACAUGUUGGUCUUCCACCCUCCUACACUGGCCCGAAGGAUCUGGCAGAGUUCUUGGAACAAAUUGGCUUCUCUAAGUAUCUCCCCUUACUUGAGGAACAAGACAUUGACCUGCGGAUAUUUCUCACCCUGACUGAAAAUGAUCUCAAAGAAAUCGGGAUCACAUUAUUCGGACCUAAGCGUAAGAUGACCUCAGCUAUUGCAAGGUGGCACAGCAGUGCUCGACCUCCCAGCGAUGCUCUGGAACAGUCUUACGCUGACCAGCUUGAGGCUGAGAUGCAGGAGAUGGCCAUUCAGCUACACAAGCGCUGUGAGGAGGUGGAGAGCCUGCAGAGCCAGGUGUCACAGGAGAAGGAGCUGCGUACCGUGAUGGAGGGAUGUCUGAUGGAGGACAAGAUGGCAUGGAGGAGGGUGCAUGCUGAGCUCGUGGAGAACCACCGACUGGCUCAGGACAUGAGUGUCUUAAUGACGGAGUCAAGGGCUCGCUGUGCUGAACUGCUCUCCUGUUUUUCUACUGAUGGGAACAGCAGCUCUUAUACAGCCGAAGAAGAUAAAACAAAAGCUGACACUGGUGUCAAAGCUGGGGACGGCCUGACACGCUCCAGUGUUGUAGAGCUAAUAAAGAAGCUGGAUUCCCAUGAAGAAGAACUGGCGGAGAACCUGCAAACUGUGCUUCAGAGUCUGAGGCGACUGAGUGCCUCUGAAAAAGUCUCAGAUAGCUGGGAGCGACCUUAACCUUUUACAGAGGCUCUUGCAAAUAUUUGACGGAGGGUGAACUAACCACCCUGAACAAUCUCACUGAAAUGGGAGAAGGCCAAAGACGAGGCCGGCCCUGCCGGACUGGAACAGCUCAGGCAGCGAAGCAGCUGACCUGCGGCUCCUCUGGGAUUGGCUGAUGGCCCAGAGCUCACCAGAUGUGGACAAGGCCAAGGGCAACGGAAGCUACUGCAGGGAAAUGACAAACAGGCAGGAAGGGUACCUGGCCCUCACACGCUUGUGCUGGUGUGAAGUGGACUCCUGUAGUUGGGUUGUGAAAAAUGCACCUAAAGGAGGAGGGACUGAUGGUGGAUCGGAAGCUAUAAUACUGUGAAAUGUUUCUUAAAAACUGUACUCUCUUCCUGUAUGAACUGGGGCUUUAACUAUGUUCAAGCCGCCAGCAGAAGAGGUACAAUUCUUAAAAGUAGUUGUAGUUAAAAGAAGUGUUGAUUUAUUUGAAUGAACUCUUAUUUGUAUGCUGUUAGGUGUUUGAAAAUAAUGUCCUGCUGAAUGCAUUUUUAAGAGCUUAUGAAGGAAAUGUGUGAAACCUGUCAGUUAAUCAUUUACAAUAAUAUGUUACACCAGGGAGCGUCUUUUCAAUCCAUUGUACUGUAAUGUUGUGGACAUUUAUAUAUGUAAAUGCAGAGAUAUGAAUAAUAUUUCAGAAUUACAUUUUUAGCUUUUUCAAAGCAAAAAAUAAAAUACCCAACAGUCCAAUUUGAUUUCACUCAGUGGUGCACUGAACUGGUGAUCAUUCAGUGGAUUCUCUGCGCAGCUUCUUAAACGCAAUCUGUUUUACCCUAAAAUCUUGCCAAAUCCUUGAAAUGCAAGAUUAUGUGGACAUUAAUUAAAAGUCUUCCUUAAAGUUGAGGGUGUUUCCUAAAUACUGUAUCAUUUCUUUCUUUUCAACGCAACAGAUCUUGUUACAGUUUAAAUGUAUUUCAUGGUGUAAUCAGAUGUAAAAGCACAUUCUAGUGAGACAGGACAACUUUGCUUUAUAUUUUUUUUAUCUACAAAUAUAAUUGUGACAAAAACACUAAUUUCAUAACAGCUCAAAGUGAAUAUCUGCAAAUUUAUUGCAAGUCCCACAGUUCAUUAUUCAUGUUAGUAGAGAGGUGAAAGGCUGAGUGGUUAUGUGCACACAUGUUGGCAAAAUGAUCCAAACAGUAAACAUAAAUACCCACUAGCAGCAUCGUACUUUUAGAUCAGUUGUAUAAAAUAGUUCAAUGGUCAAGUAGCAGUAAAACGUAGUAUACAACACAAGUAACAGUGUGGAAAAAAUAUAUUUCUGUAUGUCUUAGUCCGUCUGCAAAUCUAAGAGGUGAUCUGGAACUAUUUUUAUUUAGAUUUAUUCAGAAAAUCUAUUCAUUUAUUCUUUGUGCCAAUUUGUGGUGCUGAGAUGGAUUCAGAUUGCAUAAAAUAGAAAUUAAAAAAUCUUGCGUAAAGGUUGGGCUACAGUGUAGACCCGUGUUUUACUAAUAUGUUACACCUCAAUUGUGUUUAACAUUUGUCAGUGGCUUCUUUAUUACAGCUUAUAAAAUCUCUUAAUUGGAUUGAUGGUGCUCUGCGUUAGUGUGUGGAAUAUUAUAACAUUUCCCAAUUAUUUUAGAGUCUCUAAUCAACGCUGGAUAUUGCUCGUCUUCACUCCUGGACUUAAUGUGUGGUCCUCAGACACUCCAGGGGCCUGUCCAGAUGUUUGAACUGAUUGGAUGGCAUAUUAAUCUGACUGAUGUGGUCAGUUUUUAAAUUUCUAACCCUACAGGGCAGUUCUCGGGGUCAGGGAUUCCCCAUCCUGAUUGUUGGGGUGUCCUCAUACGAGUACAUCCAAAAAUCCUCUUAUUGUGCCUGGCCUUGGCGGUAAAUCAAUGUGAUGACAGUUGCUGCUCGGUAUAUGGAUGUUGGCUGGAGUUUAGCUUUUAUCAGCGGAUCCACAUACAGCAGCCUCAGGCCUGCAGGUUUUUGAAUGGGCACAGACGCUCUCAGGACCUCGUGAUUGACAGGACAAUUGUAGAUUUGUUAGUGGGAAUGAAAACCACUAGGAGAUGACGAUUACUGCACCAGUGAUAUAUUUAGCUAUCACAAGUGAAGGUGCUCUUUUCUGUCUGAUGCUGUUUACUAACAACCUCUGCUACUGUUCAAAAUGUUUUAGUCUGUAAAUUCAAAAUUAGGUGAAAGAAAAGGUCAUUUAUGUUUUGAAAUAAAAUGUCACAUGGC